AUGGCUCCCUCUCGGAGCUCGCGACGAGCACGAUCGCAAUGGCCUCCAGCGCCCUUCGUUGAGGAAGAGCCCCAGUCCCUCAUGAAGGAGCUAAACGGUCUAUCCAAGCUUGGAGAUAAACCGGGGGUCGAUGGUGUUCAUACAAGAGGGGCUGUUGAUCAGUAUCCCAUCAUAGUCUCUGCCAAUUCGCCCCCGCCGCCGUCUACCUCCCCUGCCAGUGUUCCCAGCGUGUCUGGGCUCGGGAGUGUGUCUUCGGAUGAAAGUGCAGGGCCAAUGACACCGCCUGCUCAGGAACCGAUCUUUCGGAACACCGUCAGGUUUGAGAUGGAUGAGAGGCCAAAACGUGCGCCGCCCUCAACUGCAAGCCAACCACGCGGCCCACCCCCUCGGCCUCUCGCCCAGCAACAGCCUGCCCAUGAGCUCAAUACACAGCGGGAAACCCAACUGCCAUCUCAUAGCCGGGAUGGCACUUCCAACAGACACAGGCCGCCAAUGCAAAACACGUCUGGCUCCCGUGGGCUGAUUGCACCGGAUCGCAGUGGUGCUCGAGCUCCCAUGCAUGACAAGACCUGCCUACCCCCGCCCAAGUCUUCCAUUAGUCGGUCCAACAGUGCUAGACAUGCACCUCCGACAACACGACCAAUGCCAGAACGCUUUCGACGGGAGCCUAACUCGGGGUAUUUGUCCGAUUCGGCCACCACAUCCAACAGACCACCUUCGCACCAGCCACAGGCGCCUGUACCCACGGCCCCUGUGUCAGCUCUGCCGAAUGGGCCCACCCUUGCAGAACGCAUUGAGGAGAAGCUUCGUCAGCGACAAAAACAGCGAGAGUCGGGAUCUAUGUCAGACCCGGAGGUACGGCAAAUGCCAAAUGCGAAGCCUGUCAAACUGGAUCCUCUCAACAUCUUUUUGCCCCCUCCGCCUCCUGCUCCUGCUCAAGCCUCGCAUUCACCUUCGCGUGGGCCUCAGCGCGUUCCGAUCCAACCAACACAACAGGAAGUGCCCCCGGCUUCACGUGCCCGCGCAACAUCGGUGACAAUGCCACCUACCCGGGAGAUGUCUGGCUCUCGCCAUCCAUCACGGCCACCACCGGAGAUGAUCAAGCCUACAUCAACCCAAGUCGCAAUCCAACUCAACACUGACAGGUCACUGGCUCAUCCCGCACCCACUCGACCCCCGGCAACAUCUCCACAGCGCCCCAGCUCAGUAGGCCUGGGCCUCUCUCCAUGCCCGCGAACAAUCGCCGUAGCAGGCUACCAAGAUUGGUAUACGCUGAAAGGCCUCACUCACCUAGACAUCUGCCCAUCCUGCAUGAGUCAAAUCGCACACUCCCGGUACCGAGACUACUUCAUCCCAAGCCUCUCAAAGCCAGCCGGGCAAAAGACUCGAUGCGCCUUCGCCAACGCAUGGACCCGUCUCGCCUGGGCCCAGAUGAUAAAAAAGCAACACGACAGCCUAGAGCUCCUGUACCAAAUGACCCGUCCACCACCCGGUACCCGGUCCUGUCCCGGCCGCAUCGUCGCCGAACAAUGCUGGCACCGCAUCUACGACCCCGAAACGGGCAACGACCUCCCAGGCUUCCACGUGUGCAGCAGCUGCGCGCGCAACAUCCGCAUCCUAAUGCCCAGCCACCGCGAGACCUUCCAGCCAAGCCCAGACCCCACCGAGCGGGUAUGCGACUUUGUCACGUCGAGUCCGCGAUUCGUGAAAUUCAUCGAUCUCCUCGAUGCAGCUGCUUCACGAGCUGAAUCGGACUCCUCACGCACCCGCCGCCCGGAUAUGCGCGAGUUCCUCAACUACGCGCGGCGCAAGGUCGUGCUGCGGGAUUGUCGUCGUGAUCGGCCUGCUCUUAGUACGUGGCACUUUAUCCCAUCGUUGCCGGAGUUGUGUGUCUGCGAAGACUGUUAUGAUGAGGUUGUUUGGCCGCUGGCGAGGUCGAAUCAUCCUGUUGCAUGCAUGAUCACGACGAAGAUGCGGAUCUUGCCUGGUGACGGGCCUGGUCGGACUCGUGAGGCGAGUUGUCAACUGUACUCGCCGCGUAUGCGGGCGAAGUUCCGGGAGGCGGUUCUUAGGGAUGAUUUUGGGUUGUUGAAGUCUGUUGCGCAGAGGAGGGUUGAGGCCGAGAGGCGGUUCCUUGAUCGGAGGGAGGAGUUGCUGGUUUCUCAGUCGAAGGGGUAUGAUUGUGAUGAGGAAAUGAGGAAGGCUGUUGAUGAGUGGAGGAGGUGGGAGUGA